AUGGUCGAUGUUCUUUAUUCACUUGUGAAUGUUAAUGAACGAUUUGAUCAAUUAAUACUCGAUCAUCUCUAUAUUUGUCAUCUUAAUAUGACCACCAUGACCAUCAGAUCAGUAUUUGAUCGUAUCUAUUCAAUUGAUGAUCAAGUUCUUUCAAGGAUUUGUGAACAAAUCUUACCUCGAAUUCAUCAUCAAGUAAAUCAACUUACUGUCGAUCCAUAUUCAAUGGAUCGUCUUCUUACUGUUAAUUAUUCUCAACUUUAUUCGUUAUCACUUGUUGAUUUUCAGGAAAAAAUUCUUCUGCAAUAUUUAAAAGGUAAAUUACUUCAUUUUAUUCAUUAUUAA